GCGAGUAGGCAGGCAGAGUGGGGCUGAGUCACUGCAUGUGUCUGAGAGGCAGUCAGAAACAGAGCAGAGCAAGAGAGCAGAGGUGAUCUCACACUCAUCAGCACAGGAUAACACAACCAUGAUGGGUUGACUUGGGGGGGAAGCGGUUGGAGAGAGGAAGUGUGCAUUUGCCAACACUUACUCAGCCAUGGAGACCAACAAAGUUCUUCAUUUCGUUCCUUCGGAGGCGCCUCCCUCUGGGAUGUCCAAGAAUGGAUACUUCUUUCAAGAAAUGGAGCAGCGGGAGGCGGAGCAGGAGGAGGGCAGCGAGGGCCGAGAGGAGGGACAGGACUCGCCAAUCGCCUGCGGAGAUGACAUCCACCUCUAUGACAACCAGAUCAGCCCUGGACCAGACACUGAUGACUCUGGUUGUGUGUUACUGAACACCUCAAGAAAGUAUGUGAAGCUGAUGAACUUCGAGGAGGAGAUUCGGGCCCACCGGGACCUGGACGGCUUUUUGGCGAGGGCCAGCAUCCUGCUGGACGAGACAGCUGCCUCCCUGGACGACGUUCUGAAGCGAAUGUUGCACCACGUGGGUCAGGACAGCCACACGUCCGAGCCCAGCUGCAACUUCGAGGAGGUGAUGAGCAUGCUUUUCACAGAUGCAGGCGCUCAGGAGGUCAACGUUCACCUGCUGUCAGAGACGAUCCAGGGGGUGACCGCCACGGCCACCGGGGUCCAGUACCAGCAGUCCUGGCUCUGCAUCCUCUGCAACGUGAAGCAUCUCCAGAGGCGUCACGUGUGCAUCUCCCGCCUGGAGAGGCCGCAAAACUGGGGAGAGAACUGCUGCGAGGUCCGCUAUGUCAUCUUGAUACUGGCCCCACUCAAAAUGAAAAGCACCAAGACAGCGAUGGAGCUGGGCAGGACGUUCGCCACCCUCUUCUCUGACAUUUCCUUCAGGCAGAAGCUGCUUGAGACAAAGACGCAGGAGGAGUUCAAGGAGGCGCUGGUGUUCCAGAGGCACCAGCUUACAGCAGUCAACCAGCAGCCCACCGCUCUGGGGAAGGAGGAGACCGACCCCCGCAGUCACAAACCCCUCAAGUGUAAAGAUUUCUUCAAAGCCGGCCGGGGGAUUUAUGAGGACCUGUGCCGCAGACUGCCCUUCUACCCCUCUGACUUCACAGAUGGUAUAGUUGGCAGUAAUAAAACCCUGCUGAAGUACAUGACCACAGCCAUCUUCCUCUACAUCGCCAUCCUCCUCCCCGCCAUCGCGUUCGGCUCCCUGAACGAUGAGAGCACACGUGGCGAGAUCGAUGUUCGGAAGACCAUCAUCGGCCAGAGCAUCGGCGGGGUCAUCUACUCGUUGUUCGCCGGCUCUCCUCUGGUCAUCCCUCUAACCACGGCUCCCCUCGCCAUCUUCAUCAGCGUGAUCCGAGGAAUCUGUGACGACUACAACCUGGACUUCCCGGCGUUCUACGCCUGCAUCGGCCUGUGGAACUGCCUCUUCCUCAUCCUGGGAGGGAUAUUUAACGUCAGCCUGCUCAUGAAGCUCUUCAAGAGGUCGACGGAGGAGGUCAUCGCUCUGUUCAUUUCCAUUGCAUUUGUGGUGGAUGCAGUGAAAGGCACCGUGAAAAUCUUUCACAGAUAUUACCACGCUCCCACGCUGGCCAACAGAAGCAUCGAGGACCUCCCGAAGGCCGGAGACCUGUUGGGAGGAAACCAGAGUGAGGUGGCGGCGGGGUUGGUGCUCAACGCCCUCCCUGAAUCCCUCAUCAAUUGCACUCGGGAGAGACCUGUCCUCUGCCUCCUGCUGAUGCUCGGGACGUUAUGGAUGGGUUACACCCUCUACCAGUUCAAGAGGAGUCCGUUCCUGCAUGCCAAAAUGAGGGAGGUGCUGUCGGACUGCGCCCUGCCGAUCUCCGUGCUCAUGUUCUCCUUCAUCGGCUCCUACCUUUUCAGUGACAUUGAGC